GAUAUAUAACACCAAGAACCUACAUGGGCCUAUAUACGCUACUAAGUAGGUCUGCACUGGAGCUGGUAUACAUGUCCACCUCAAGCCAAACGCUGGAGCAUAUCAAUCUGAUCAAAUCGCCAUGGCACGAGAACUUUGACCAUCCUCUUCGACCUCUUGUAAAACAAGAUAUAGGGAAAUGUUGAACUCUUCAGUUUAGUUGAUAUAAGGUUAUUCGAAGACAGCUGUGAGUCAUUCAUUACGUCAUUUUGACACCGAGCUAUUAUCUAACUUAGGAAGGGCAUCGGAAGCUGUAUAUCCCCAGCGAGCGGUGCAGCCAUGGACUAAAGAAGUGGCAGACCAGUGAUGGCUUGGCACAUUGCCACCAGAUAGACAACACAACCCUUAAUGUAGGAACUACGUAAAUCCGAGCAGGAGAACCAAGUACCUUAGUUGAUUGGAAGAUGAGUCGUCCAAAACGCCAGCCAGUGCCGUUCGCCAAAUCGUUUGAGAAGGCGGGAAAGAAAUAUGGAUUUAACAGAGACAAAGUGAGAGAGCUACACGACACGUUUUGUGUAUUUGACAAAAAUGGAGACGGCAUGAUAACAGCAGACGAGCUUGGUACUGUCCUGUUUAAGCUUGGACAGCGACCGUCUGCAAACGUCCUAAAUGGACUCAUGCGCUCUGUGGACGUAGACAGAAGCGGAAGUAUAGAUUUUGAGGAAUUCUUGGAGAUUUUUACCCGGAAGUUGUCGAUUGACCCUGAAAAGGAAUUACAUGAGGUGUUUGAAGUGUUUGAUAACGACAAGGACGGGGGCAUAUGUCCGGAUGAGCUUUAUACAGUGCUGCAAAAACUAGGCGAGAGUAUCACCAGAGAUGAAGCCGAAGCCAUGAUAAAGGAGGCGGACAAUGACAUGGAUGGCAAGGUUGAUUAUAGAGAAUUUAAAGCGAUCCUAAACGUGAGAUAGAUAUUAAGUGACAAGCAGCGGGGCAACAUGUGUAGCCGUCUUUUUCAGAGACCGUUCCAUAAUAUUUGAUUAAUGUGGUAGGAGCGAAAACAAUAAUAAAUAAUAAAAUCUUAAAUUAAUUUUUUAAUUUUUCAAAUUAAUUUGCUAUGUACUGUCAUUGCUGUACUAUGCUGACUCAUCAGUUUGCUUAUAUUUUAUAACUACAUGAUUGAUGCUGAUAUAUACUUUUAAUAUAUUCUUUAUACUUUUGUACUUGUUCUAUUCAUUAAUGUUUGUUCUAUAUAAUAUGAUUUACUCAAUUUGAACACCUCAUUUCCUAUCAUUUGUUAGCAUUAUACACAUCGGAGGCA